AUGUCGUCAGGCGACAAGGAAUUUGGGGUAGGGGCUGCUUCUUAUUCUCCUGACUGCCAAGAUGGAGGCCUUAGUGCAGAAGUAAGGCGUGUUGUUGCACCCGCUGCUGUGGACAGCCUCGAGGCGUCGGCCGCGAAGGAGGGGCUAGAAACAGUCUACACUUCGUCACCUGUCUCGUCUGCAAGUGAAGCAAAAACGGGAGAGCCCGCUGCAGGCGACUUUUGUCACGAGGAGGAGCCGAACACAGAGGAAGUACGGGACCAAAGAGAAGUGCAACAACUGGGAGAGCUGAAGUAUCCGGAAGAACAUCAGCCCCAUGAGAUGCAAGAAGUGCAGCCGCAAGAAGUGCUGCCGCAAGAAGUGCUGCCGCAAGAAGUGCAGUUGACUGAAGAGGAGUUGGUAAAGACUGUGGACGAAAUUCUUUCGCGCGAGAAUGUAGCGAUGGACGCGUCGCUCGCCCUGCUGGUCAGUCGGGCGGACGACUCGGGAGUGAUUUACGUGACGGCGAAGAGCCUCGCGCGUCACCCAAGGCUGCUUAAUAAAACGACCGCUGAGCAACUGCACGCGAUUGAAGUCAAGAACGCCCCGAAAAACGAACAAGGUCAUUUCGUCCCGCUUCUGAAGGUGCCAAGAAGGACGCUAGUCUUUAGAGAUCUUACUCAGGAUGACGAAGCUGCCUUGCUUGCCUUGCUUCGCCAACACUUCUACACCCAGGGCAAUUCCCCUGGAGAAAAGGGAGAACAAUCUGAGGAGAAACAGCCUCCUGAGGAGAAGCAGCCUCCUGAAGAGAAACAGCCUCAAGAGAGUCGGCCGCAAGAGAGCCAGCCUGAUGACACCGAAAUUGAAUCUGGAACUACUAAGAAUUGCGAUACCGGUAAUCUGGAGGACCCGGUGCUUGACAUCAAGUACGAGCAGACCCCCGUAAACUGCUCCUGCUAUGUCACCUUGAAAAGUGAAGAACUGGCACAGUCCACAGCCUUGUGGCUCUUGGGCAAAACGUUGAACGAAAAGCCUGUCCGAGUCGGCAUUAAGACAGAGUCUGAAUACACGAUUCUCAGAG